CCGGAAACCCUCCUGGGCCCCGGGCUCCCGCCUCCACGCACCCUCGUCCUGCUCGCCGCUCCCUCCUCCCACCCCAGCAGCACCUCCCCCGUCUCCCCUAUCCCAGCUUUCUCGCUCCAGCUCCUCCCCUCCUCCGCGCCUCCUCGCUCCCCUCCCCCUCCGCGGCUGCUCCCUGCCCCCGCCGCGGAUCUCCAUCUCUGCAGCCUCGGCCGCUGGGUGCACAGGCUGUCGCAGCCCCCGCGGCCACCACCGCCAACCCGAGCCCCGAUACCCAUUGUCUCCUACUCUCCCCGGCCUUCCACCUUCUCCACAACCAUGGCGCACGAAGCCGGGAGAAGCUCUCGUCUCGGGGGGCCCUGCGGGGAGCCGACGGAGCUUGGAGGUGAUGCUAGCGAGGAGGACCACCCCCAGGUCUGUGCCAAGUGCUGCGCACAAUUCACUGACCCAACCGAAUUCCUCGCCCACCAGAACGCAUGUUCUACUGACCCCCCUGUAAUGGUGAUAAUUGGGGGCCAGGAGAACCCCAACAACUCUUCGACCUCUUCUGAACCUCGGGCUGAGGGCCACAUUAGUCCCCAGGUCAUGGAGGCAGAGCACAACAGCCCUCCGGAUUCUGGGUCCGUCGUCCCCACAGAUCCCACCUGGGGCCCAGAGCGGAGGGCAGAGGAGUCUGUGGGGCACUUCCUGGUCGCUGCCGCAGGUACUGCAGCUGGGGGAGGUGGGGGCCUGAUCUUGGCCAGUCCCAAGCUGGGAGCAACCCCGUUACCUCCAGAAUCCACCCCUGUGCCCCCGCCUCCUCCACCUCCUCCCCCGCCCCCAGGCGUAGGCAGCGGACACUUGAACAUUCCUCUGAUCUUGGAAGAGCUGCGGGUGCUACAGCAGCGACAGAUCCAUCAGAUGCAGAUGACUGAGCAAAUCUGCCGCCAGGUGCUGCUACUUGGCUCUCUCGGCCAGACAGUGGGCACCCCUGCCAGUCCCUCAGAGUUACCUGGGACAGGGACCACGUCCUCUACCAAGCCCCUGCUUCCCCUCUUCAGCCCCAUCAAACCCGUCCAAACUGGCAAGACUCUGGCACCUUCUUCUUCCUCCUCUUCCUCCUCCUCCUCCUCAGGGGCAGAAACACCUAAGCAGGCUUUCUUCCACCUUUAUCAUCCACUGGGGUCACAGCACCCGUUUUCUGCUGGAGGAGUUGGGCGAAGCCACAAACCCACCCCUGCUGCGUCCCCGGCCCUGCCGGGCAGCACAGAUCAACUGAUUGCGUCGCCUCAUCUGGCGUUCCCAGGCACCACAGGAUUGUUGGCAGCACAGUGUCUUGGGGCAGCCCGAGGCCUGGAGGCCACUGCCUCCCCAGGGCUCCUGAAGCCAAAGAAUGGAAGUGGUGAGCUGGGCUUUGGGGAAGUGAUGGGCCCCUUGGAGAAGCCUGGUGGACGGCAUAAAUGCCGCUUCUGUGCCAAAGUAUUUGGCAGUGACAGUGCCCUGCAGAUCCACCUGCGUUCCCACACGGGGGAGAGGCCCUAUAAGUGUAAUGUCUGUGGCAACCGCUUCACCACCCGCGGUAACCUCAAAGUGCAUUUCCACCGGCACCGUGAGAAGUACCCGCACGUACAGAUGAACCCUCACCCGGUGCCGGAGCACCUAGACUACGUCAUCACCAGCAGCGGCCUCCCCUACGGUAUGUCUGUGCCGCCUGAGAAGGCAGAGGAGGAGGCAGCCAUGCCCGGUGCCAGUGUGGAACGCAAGCCUUUGGUGGCCUCCACCACAGCACUCAGUGCCACAGAGAGCCUGACGCUACUCUCCACCAGUGCAGGCCCAGCCACGGCGCCUGCGCUCCCUGCUUUCAAUAAGUUUGUACUCAUGAAAGCAGUAGAGCCAAAGAGUAAAGCUGAUGAAAAUACCCCUCCAGGAAGUGAGGGCUCCACCAUCGCUGGGGUGGCGGAAAGUAGCACAGCAGCCCGCAUGCAGCUAAGUAAGCUGGUGACUUCACUGCCCAGCUGGGCACUGCUUACCAACCAUUUGAAAUCCACCAGUAGCUUCCCCUUCCCCUAUGUGCUAGAGCCCUUGGGGGCCUCACCGUCUGAGACAUCGAAGCUGCAGCAACUGGUAGAGAAGAUUGACCGACAAGGAACAGUGGCCGUGGCUUCUACUGCCUCAGGAGCUCCCACCACCUCUGCGCCUGCAACUUCGGCCUCCACCUCAUCUGGACCAAACCAGUGUGUCAUCUGCCUCCGGGUGCUGAGCUGUCCUCGAGCACUGCGCCUGCAUUAUGGCCAGCACGGAGGUGAGCGGCCCUUCAAAUGCAAAGUGUGCGGCAGAGCUUUCUCCACCCGGGGCAAUCUGCGUGCACAUUUCGUGGGCCACAAGGCCAGUCCUGCUGCCCGGGCCCAGAACUCCUGCCCCAUCUGCCAGAAGAAGUUCACUAAUGCUGUUACUCUGCAGCAACAUGUUCGGAUGCACCUAGGGGGCCAGAUCCCCAACGGUGGUACCAUGCUCCCUGAAGGCGGGGGAGCUGCCCAGGAGAAUGGCUCUGAGCAAUCUGCAGUCUCUGGGGCAGGAAAUUUCCCCCAGCAGCCUUCCCAGCAGCCAUCCCCAGAAGAGGAGUUGUCGGAAGAGGAGGAGGAGGACGAGGAAGAAGAGGAAGAUGUGACUGAUGAAGAUUCCCUGGCAGGAAGAGGCUCAGAGAGUGGAGGUGAGAAGGCAAUAUCAGUGCGUGGUGAUUCAGAAGAGGCAUCUGGGGCAGAGGAGGAAGGGGGGGUGGUGGUGGCAGCACCCACAGUUGGGAAGGCGAUGGACAGUAAUGAGAAAGCAAUUCAACCACCUUCUCUGCUGCCGCCACCACCACCACCACCACCACCACCACCACCACCACCACCACCACCACCACUACCUGAUAGCCUGGACCAGACACAGCCAAUGGAGCCAGGAGGCAGUGAUGUUGCAGGAAGCACGGAAGAGGGGGGCAAACCAGAAAGGAGCUCAAGCCCAACAUCGACGCUCACCCUGGGAGGGGAAGGUAGUGGCACCAUGGUGGAGGAGCUGAGCAUGCAGGAAGCCAUGAGAAGGGAGCCAGGAGACAGCAGUAGCCGAAAAGCCUGUGAGGUGUGUGGCCAGACCUGCCCCACCCAGGCAGUCCUGGAGGAGCAUCAGAAGACCCACCCCAAGGAGGGGCUGCUCUUCACUUGCGUUUUCUGCAGGCAGGGCUUUCUGGAGCGGGCUAACCUCAAGAAGCACAUGCUGCUGGCUCACCACCAGUACACAGCUUUCCUGUCAAGUGAUCUGCCCAUCAAGCCCCAGAGUUCCAGCUGCAUCACCGCUUCAGGCCUGGAACCAGCAGGGCUGUUUGGCCCAGGAACUGUGGCAGGAAGGUGCCUCCAGCAAUGGGAUCCAGAGAGGCCAAGAGAAGAGAGCUCCUUCUUCCUAUUUCGGCCUCCUGCAUCCAAGGCGGCAUCUGAGAAGGCCAUCGUAGAAGAGAACUAGCAAACUGUACAUUACUUCUCCUGCCUCUUGCUCCCGAAGGUGCCAGAGGCGAAGAUGCAAUAGUGUGUGCAUCUGGUGUCUCAGCUGGAGGGAGUAGGAUGAAAUGAAGGGUGUAGGACACUUUUCUCUCACUCUUCCCUCAUGGUCACAUCAAGGCAAAGGUGUUGGCUGGUUGAUAUGCCAGCACAUGGCCAGCUUCUCAUAGUCCUUUAUCAUGACCUCUCAAAUUUAGGAAAUGAGGAUUUCUUGCCAAGAGGUCUUCCAGUGGGAUGUUUUGGGAAAUAUGAAGUUUAUAUCUUCAACCAGUUAUUGUUGGUGAGGGUUGCUGAAGGAGUAAUGUUGGAGAGUUGAGGAGUGUUGCUAAAGCAUCAGCUUGCUGGGAACCUAUGUGAUU